ACCAUCUCCACAGUCCACACACGCGCCUAGAGAUAGAGUGAGAAGCAUUGGGUUGCUUCCGUCGAUGGCCACUGCCAACUUCGCCCCAUCUCCGCCGUUACGCGUACAAGCCAUCCCCACAUCCCCGCUCCACCUCGUCGCCUGACGACAUUCGCACCGCAGCGCUCCACAAAAACCAUCCCCACCAUCCGGCCCCCUGCAUUCAUUCUCCUCGCUUCCCCGAAACCUCGCGCUUGGUCCGACGCAACGCGUCUUCGAUUCCUCGGAUAAAGCUCGCGGCUUUCUGUCCGUUCCGCACAAUCCAGUUCUCGAUUUCCCUGGGCUGUCGGGAUUUCUAGGUUGUUUUAGUUCUUUUAGGUUGCUAGGAUUUGUGGGUUCUACCAAUGCUCGCUGGUUUGAUCCGUCCUAGUUAUUGAAUCGUCUCUUCAUUUGUUUCUCGAAUACAUCGUUUCUUGAUUUGAUCCGUCCAAAUAAAAAAGGCAAAAGGAUUGUUGUUGUUUGGGGGUUGUUUGGUUUGAGUGUGUACCUACCUACCAUCUUUGCUUCGGGCAAUGGGGAACAACAACAGCGGCGGCAGCGGCAGGCGUCCGGUGAGCUCGGAGCCGGCGCUGCCGCCUGAGGCGGUGCCAGAGGAGCUGAGCUCGUACGAGGCGGCGUGCCGGUCGGAUCCGGAGCUGCGCACGUUCGACACGACGCUGCAGCGGCGCACGAGCCGCGCCAUCUCGACGCUAGCGGUGGGCGUGGAGGUGCGCUCGCUGUCGCUGGACUCCCUCCGCGAGGUCACCGGCUGCCUCCUCGACAUGAACCAGGAGGUGGUGCGCGUCAUCCUGGACUGCAAGAAGGACAUCUGGAAGAGCCCCGAGCUGUUCGACCUCGUCGAGGACUACUUCGAGAGCAGCCUUCACACCCUCGACUUCUGCACCGCACUCGACAAGUGCCUCAAGCGCGCCCGCGACUCCCAGCUCCUCCUCCACGUUGCGCUCCAGCGCUUCGACGACGAGGAGGACAGCGACCCAGCCGCCGCACCCUCCGCCCGGUACGCGCGCACGCUACACGAGCUACGCCAGUUCAAGGCGGCCGGGGACCCCUUCACCGACGAGUUCUUCAUGGCCUUCCAGGCCGUGUACCGGCAGCAGCUGACCAUGCUGGAGAAGCUGAAGCAGCGCAAGCACCGGCUCGACAAGAAGGUCAAGGCGAUCAAGGCGUGGCGCCGGGUGUCAAGCAUCAUCUUUGCGACCACGUUCGCGGCCGUGCUCAUCUGCUCGGUGGUGGCCGCGGCCAUCGCUGCCCCACCUGUCGCGGCAGCAUUGGCUGCGGCUGCUUCGGUUCCGGUGGGAUCUAUGGGGAAGUGGAUUGAUUCGUUGCUGAAAGGGUAUCAGGACGCGCUCCGUGGACAGAAGGAGGUGGUGAGCGCAAUGCAGGUCGGGACGUUCAUUGCCAUCAAGGAUUUGGACAGUCUCAGGGUGCUAAUCAACCGGGUGGAGGUGGAGAUCAGCUCAAUGAUUGACUGUGUAGAGUUUGCAGAGCGCGAUGAGGAAGCAGUCAAAUUUGGGGUCGAGGAGAUCAAGAAGAAGCUGGAAAAUUUCAUGAAGAGUGUUGAGGAUCUUGGGGAGCAGGCGGACCAGUGUAGCCGGGAUAUCCGUCGGGCAAGGACUGUCGUGCUACAGAGGAUCAUCCGACAUCCAAACUGAAAAAAAAGAAGAAUGUAAGGGAUUCGGUGAUAGUGAUGCGCAUGGAAAGUUCUGUAGCUUAGAUAAGCAAGCAAACAAAGUUUUGGUUGCCCUAAAGCAACAAAUAAUGCUCGCGGACUUGUGUGAAGAACCACCAUUACUAACUUAUUUAUCUCCUGUCCAAAUAUACUAUGCUUAUUCUUUCCUGUUCUUAUUUUUAGGACAUCACUGUACUCCUCUGGGCUGUAUGCCUGCAUCACACCCUUAAUAAUGUCAGUGAGAAAUGCUCCGUCUGUGUCGCUGAGAGUACUGUACAUGUUUAUUUCAACUCUGAA